GCGCACAAGGCACGAGCCCUGUCUCCGUCUCUCUGUGUGUGUCUCUCUCUCUCUCAGUGUGCGCGCGCGGCUGAAGAUGGGCGCUGUGUCUCCGCUUGUCCUCUGCUUGUGGCUGCUGUUCCCGCUGUGUGUGACACAGAAAGCGAAAGACCGGAGGACUGCGGGGCUGAAGGACACCGAAUUCGUGGACAAGUACAGCGUGUGUGCUCAGGGUCCUCCUGGAGUGCAGGGCCGUGAUGGUAAUCCGGGAGUGAAUGGUAUUCCUGGCACCCCAGGAAUCCCCGGCCGUGACGGGGUGAAGGGGGAGAAGGGCGAGUGUGUGACGGAGAGACUCGAGGAACCGUGGAUUCCGAACUACAAGCAGUGUGCGUGGAGCGCGCUGAACUACGGCAUCGACCUCGGCAAGAUCGCUGACUGCACAUUCACUAAGCUGCGUUCGGACAGUGCCCUGCGAGUGCUCUUCAGCGGUUCGCUCCGGCUCAAGUGUAAGACGGCCUGCUGUGGCCGCUGGUACUUCACCUUUAACGGCGCCGAGUGCACCGGACCGUUACCCAUCGAGUCCAUUAUCUACCUGGACCAGGGCAGUCCAGAGCUCAACUCCACCAUCAACAUGCACCGCACGUCCACAGUGGAGGGUCUAUGUGAAGGCCUCAGCGCUGGUCUAGUGGACGUGGGGAUUUGGGUCGGGACCUGUGCUGAUUACCCGCGCGGAGACGCCUCCACCGGCUGGAACUCCGUCUCCAGGAUGAUCAUCGAAGAGCUUCCUAAAUAAUUCUCCCCCUCCGUCUGCUCUGCUCUCGGCCGCUGGUCUGUGAUCAGAAAUCCACGCCUAGUGAACAUCCUCAUCACUGUGUUCCUCCAAAAUCUCUCUGUUCGUUCAGUCAGGCCUGUCAGUGUUGUUCCAGAAUCCUCUCUCCAUCCUCUCUGUCCUUCCCAGCAGAGAGAACCAGUCACAUUCAGGGUCGUGAUCUGUCUACAGCCCUGGGCAGUUAGUUCACAUAAAGCCUAAAAUAAAAGAGAGAUUUCUGACUGUCCAGAGAGAUUACUGUAUAAUCUGGAAAAUAUGGUAAAUAAAAGUUUUAAUCUGUUUGUUUA